CUCAUGUGGUGGUCGUUUCUUCCGUUCACAUCGGAUCUCCAGCAGAUGACAAUCUUCUCGUUUUACCAAGAGCAUAUGAGACGGAUGAAAAAAGGAAUGUUUUCGGACGGUGGCGGCAAUGCAAUGACGAACACGAGAAUCUUACCGCCCGGUUGCCCAUUGCACCGUCCGACCGACGACCCACUACUACCAUUAUACGCGGUGUACGAUGACAUUAUCCGUAGGAAACCCGACGACCUGAUGAAACGGGACCCGAGACGCCGGAACAUGCUUUGACACACGUUCUAUCAGUAUUUUGUUUUGCAAUUUCUCGACGAGGAUUUCAAUUCAACGGUGACGGGCUCCCAGCUGUAUAGGACCGACGGAACCGCCCGUGGAGAGUUAAGAUCGUUUGUCAGCGGUAAGCUGAAAACCAAACGUCUUCUGAACGACGAGCACUAUCCACCACUGCUUACGCUCAUCGAAAAGUUCAUCUCGGUGUUUUCCCGGGUGAGGGCCGGUGGGCCAACUUAUUGGGUAAUAUGGUUAAUCAAAUUACUGGAAAUAAAUUACCAUCCAAUGGAGACUGCCUUCGGGUAUUAUUUCAUAACAUGCGUGUUGUAAAUUUAAAUUUAAAUGAUAGUUCGGGCCUUGUUGCUGAUGAAUGCUUAUUGUUUUGGAAAAAGGCAAGAAUACCUACUCAACAUCAUUGUGAUGUAGUUCGAAAAAUAAAAAAUGUAUAUGAAAGUUGGCGAAGCUUAGAUAAAAAUAAAACAAGAAAAGAUGCUUUCAAUAUAAUUAAAAUUGAAGAAGACAGGCAGUUUCUAACUUUACAAAGACAAGAAGGUCGUGUUGGGUAUAUGAUAGGCGUGGACAAAAAAUUAUGUGCAGUUGAAGAACGAAGAUCUGAGCGAGAGCAAAGGAGAGAAUUGUUCAAGCAAACAAACAUCGAUUAUGGAACCGGCCCAACUAACAGUGUUGAUGUUGUGGAGAGUAUAUCAAGCGAUGAUGAACGUGAUGUGCUUAACUCUAAAGAUUCCGAAAUUUGUGAAAGUAUUACAAUGCCAGUGAAAAAUAAACGAGGUAGGAAAGAAAUUAUGAAUAGUCGUUUAGCAUCAGCUUUAGACAAAUGUAAGGUUAGUGACAGGGAUGCAGUUCACUUAUUAAUAGCAUGUGUUGAGGUAUUUAAUGUAGAUGUAAAAGACUAUGCGAUAAGUCGCUCUUCAAUUAAGAGAGCUCGUGAAAGUUUUCGUUACCAAAUAUCUUCCGAAAUUAAAACAGCGUUCCAUCAAUUAAACUUAAAUUCUGUAGUUGUUCACUGGGAUUCAAAAAUACUUCCUAAUUUGAUUGGAACAGAAAAUGUAGAUAGAUUACCAGUUAUUAUAACAGCACCAAACGUAGAACAACUUCUUGGAAUACCACAUUUGUCAUCUGGUACCGGAAAGGAAAUUUCUUCUGCAGUGUAUGACACAUAAAAGGAUUGGGAUAUGUUGGAAAAAAUGCAAGCGUUUGUUUUUGAUACAACGGCAUCCAACAGCGGCAGAUUAAAUGGAUCAUGUGUGCUAUUAGAACAAAUGUUAAACAGGCCAAUAAUGUUUUUGGCUUGUCGGCAUCACAUAUUUGAAAUUAUUUUGCAAUCAAUUUUCUCAUACUCAAAACUUACAAUAAUGUCCGGUACCGAUAUUUCAAUUUUUAAACGUUUUAAAAAUAACUGGAAUCAAAUAGAUACAACUAAAUUUAGUACU